AUGACAGCCAAGUGGGGCUCCACGUCGAUGUGGAGGAAUAUUGUCGCUUUUUGGAUAUUCGGUUUAUGUAACAAUUAUGGCUACGUGAUCAUGUUGAGCGCCGCCGAGGACAUUAUCUCGCAGCAGCAACAUAAGGAAUCGGAGCACAAGAAUUCAUCUUGUUUGGACAGCCUUGGGGCACGAGCCUGUGAUGGCCAAUCAGUCGGUGGUGUCCUCCUCGCCGACAUCCUCCCCUCCCUGAUCAUCAAGGCCACCAUGCCAUUUUUGAUGGGAAGAGUGCCAUAUGGAUUCCGCCACACUCUGGUGAUAGCUCUACAAAUUGCCUCGUAUCUCGUCGUCGCCUUCUCGACUUCAUACCCGAUUUCAUUACUUGGUGUCGUUCUCGCCUCUGCUGGUUCCGGGGUGGGUGAGACGACGUACCUCUCACUGUCCUCCCACUUCUCACGCAACGUCAUCUCGGCUUGGUCUUCUGGGACUGGAGGAGCGGGAGUGGUUGGCUCCUUCGCAUACGCUGCACUUACCGAACCACAUCUCGGAAAUCUUUCACCGAAAAAUGCUCUAUUGGUCAUGCUGGUAAUUCCCGUGAUCUUUGCCAUAGCCUACUGGCUCCUGCUAGAAUUCCCGGCUACCGUAUACACUCCUCGCGUCAGCCCGACCACAUGGGUCAUACCACAUGCGUACGAGGGCGAGCAGGACAUGGAAAAGAGUGAAAAGAGUGAGCAAGACGCUCGGGUCCCGCAGCGCGUAACCAACAUGAAGGAGAAGAUGAGCUUGAUUGUGCCCUUGCUCAAGUUGAUGAUCCCGCUCUCCGUCGUCUACUUUGCCGAAUACCUCAUUAACCAGGGAUUGACUCAGCUCAUCUACUUCAACUGCAAGGAGGGCUUCCGGUUGUCGAAGAGCAGCCAAUAUCGGUGGUAUCAGGUCCUGUACCAAGUCGGUGUGUUCUUCUCCCGCUCGUCGGUCAACAUCAUCGAGUUGCCGUUGAUUGUGCUGUUUAUUUUGCCAAUAUUGCAGCUCGGCAACGCGGUGUUCUUCUUCUUCGAGGCGAGGUACGCCUUCUUGCCGCACAUCUCGAUCGUGUUUGCCCUGAUCCUGGUUGAGGGCUUCUACGGCGGCGCCAGCUACGUCAACACGUUCAACUGGAUUCAUAAGAAUAUACCCCCCGACGUCAAGGAGUACUCCUUAUCGAUCGCCUCGAUGUCGGACGCCUUUGGGAUCGUUCUAUCUGCAUUUACGGCAAUAGGGUUGCACAACUACAUCUGCGGCCACCUUGGA